CGCGGCCCCGCGGUCACUUCCGCGUUAGGGGAACUCCAUGUCCCGGAAUGCCUUGGGAGCAGGGGUGUCACUUCCGUUGUGUUGGAAGCUGUGGAGCCUUGAGUCCAGGAGGCGGGUCUGCUUUGAGAGCGUCGGCUAGCAGCUCGGGGGACAAUCCCCGCUGGAGAAGGACUGACGAUAGGUGGAUGUCUUGCAUGGGGUUCGCGUUUGGGGCCAGGUGGAGGGGCGAACCCCUGUGUUUCUGCCCAGUCUUUUCGUAGAUGUGCAAUAUGGAGGUGCCGUCGGACCCUGGUAACCAGGACCUGCUGGACUUCCUGCUGGAGGAAAGCGGUGAUUUGGGGGCAGCGCUCGACGAGGCCCUGGAGGCUUCGCUAGACUGGGAGCUGCCUCCUUCUGAGGUACUUAGCGAUUGGGAGGGCGAGGAUUUCCUGAGCUCUCUGCUGAGUUCCCCAGAGUCAUUGAACGUUCUCAGCUCCUCUAACCCCUGUCCGGUCCACCAUGAUCACACCUACUCUGUACCACAUGAGCAUAUCUCCAUAGAUCUAGACAACAGGAGCUAUGGAAAAGAGGGGGCCCAGAUGACUGCACUGCACGUGGAGGAGCCAGCAGAACAGCCCAUCUCCCAGGAACCCCAAGAGAUUGCUAGGCUGAUACUGACAGAUGAGGAGAAGCGACUUUUGGAGAAGGAGGGGCUUACUCUGCCUGGGACGCUCCCUCUCAGUAAGAUGGAGGAACAAGUUCUGAAACGAGUGCGGAGGAAGAUUCGAAACAGAAAGUCUGCUCAAGAGAGCCGCAGGAAGAAGAAGGUGUAUGUGGGGGGUUUAGAGAACAGGGUCUUGAAAUACACAGCCCAGAAUCUGGAGCUACAGAACAGAGUCCAGCUCCUGGAGGAACAGAAUCUGUCCCUUUUGCAUCACUUGAGGAGACUCCAGGCCAUGGUGAUUCAGAUAUCAAAUAAGACCAGCAGCAGCAGCACAUGUGUUCUGGUCCUACUGUUCUCCUUCUGUCUCCUCCUCAUACCUGCUAUGUACUCUUCUGACACAAGGGGGAGCCUGCCAGCUGAGCAUAGAGUGUUGUCCCGCCAGCUUCGUGCCCUCCCCAGUGAGGACCCUCAGCAGCUGGAGCUGCCUGCCCUGAGGUCAGAGGCACCAAAGGACAGCUCAGACCACAUGCUCCAAGCUCCUGGCAACUCUUGCUGCCUGUUUUACCAGAUGCCUCAGGCUCCUGGCAUGGAGCCUCCCCUGAAGUUGCCACUCCCUGACCCCUUCUCAAAGUCCCCCUGCCCAGGUCCCAUCUUUCCUCUGCACGCAAAUCUCACGAGGGGGGGAUGGCUUCCUACUCACAGCCCUGCAUCUAUCAUCUUGCAGGGCCAGUACUCGGGCUAAAUGUGAGGAUGUGGGGAACCUCAGCGAGAGCCUGGGGCUCCCAGUCUGUGUCCAAAUAAAAAAGAAUGGGAGAGGGCUAGACUCAGCUCCUGUUCCGUCAGGAAGCCUAAGCGUUCAAAUACACCACACUUACUGGCUUUUGGGGUCUUUUAUUUGUACCCAUAUGUGUCUAUCACCCUAUGAACGGGCCUGGGGGAAUCCACUGACCUCCCUGAAGAUUUCAUGCGAUGAGGGGAAGGGGUGAGGAAAGAAAUAAAUAAGUGAUCCUGA